AUGGCGGCCCAGACACCAGUACCUGGUUGGCCUCGACAUCCAGGGGUGGGGUUUGUUUAUAUCUGUAAAUCGUGUGAAGACCAGUUACUUUGUAUGGAGUGUGUUACAGACAGUCACAACGGACACAUGCUGGGUAAUCUUACUGAUUACGUUGCGGGUCAGACACUGGACAUACAGCAGUUUGCCGACAAGCUCUCUAAAACCGAUAUUCCCAAAACUGAGGGAGAUAUAACAGAAAGUGAAAAGCAGACCAAGACACACGGUGGACGAUAUCAGAAGAUGAUUGAGGAUAUCAAACGUCAGGGAAAACAGAUGAAAGACGACAUCGACAGUGGUAUAGACUUGCUAGUUAGGAUGUGUCCCGAGCUAGAGGAACGCAAUGCGCGUAUUUCCGAGAAGAACAAAUCUACUUUAACUAAAUACCUUAGGGAAGACUUGAAGCCAAAACUGGACAGAUGCCAAGAAGUACUGACAUCCGGUACAACUGUUGACGUCACUACAUUAGCGCGGGAAAUUAGAAACGGUGUCUCCACUGCCCCACCAUCUCUCAGUGAUUUGCAGAACAUGGAAUACCAACCCGGGACAAUCUCCAUCGAACUCAUAGAACGCAUGCUUGGCAAGCUACUAGUCGAUGGAGCAGAUGAGUCGUACAAACCGAUUUCGAAAAGUGUGGUUUUGAACAAGUUCCAGACGUCGUUUCCUUAUAAUAUCUGCCAAACAUGUCUUACUGGUGACGAGGGGUGGUUAUCGUACUGGGACAGUGAUACCAUAUAUCGAGUGGAUAUGAAAAGCAAUGUCAAUGAGAGGAAAGAGUGUCGGGUCAACGUCCGAUCGAUCUCCGUAUCUCCAACGUCUGGGAGUGUGUGGCUCUGUGUUGAGGAUGACAGAAGUAUCCGGGAAAUCAUGACGGGUGGUGAAAUUGUUACAUGCUUUAACGUAGACAGCUCACAAUGUUCUUUGUGUAUCACUAGUGACCAAAAGGUAGUGGUGGGGAUGUUGGGAGAAAUACAACUGUACACUACAGACGGACGGGCGGUAUCGGCAGGAGCGGGAAGUCCCUGUAGACAGGUGGCAGUAUUUCCUCAUCACAUGAGGUCAUGUACACUGACCGGGGAUGUAGCUGCUGUUGAUGGUGAUGGUGUAUCGUUUGAUGACUACACGGCUGGUAAGGCAACAGUCAAGCAACCGCGCGUGAUUGUGAUGGAUAAACACCUAAACCUGAAGUUUUACUGUAACGACAUUGGUACGAGGAAAACACGCGAAAGUGACACUCCGUCUACAAAGUUUUACCCGUACGAUGUUUGUUUUGAUGGAGCUGGUGAGGUCCUUGUAACGGAGUAUGUCACCAAGUCAGUACUACUGAUUGACAGGAAUACUGGACACUACAUGAGGACUGUUUAUACAUCUGAUGGAGUUAUACCUUGGUGUAUCUGUCUACGUGAUGGUGGCAACCUCUGGGUCGGACACGAAGAUAGAACAACAAAGGUUAUCCAAUAUAAAUAG